CCGUCGUCUCCCCUCAGCGGGCCUCGCUGCCGCGGCCGCGGCCGCCAUGGGCUUCCUGAAGCUGAUUGAGAUCGAGAACUUCAAGUCGUACAAAGGGCGUCAGAUCAUCGGGCCGUUCCGGAGGUUCACCGCCAUCAUCGGGCCCAACGGCUCCGGCAAAUCAAACCUUAUGGACGCCAUCAGCUUUGUGCUGGGCGAGAAAACAAGCAACCUGCGGGUGAAAACUCUGCGGGACCUGAUCCACGGUGCCCCGGUGGGCAAACCGGCUGCCAACCGGGCCUUUGUCAGCAUGGUGUACUCAGAGGACAAUGGCGAAGACCGCACCUUCGCCCGCCUCAUCGUGGGGGGUUCAUCCGAAUACAAGAUCAACAACAAGGUGGUGCAGUUGCAUGAAUACAGCGAGGAGCUGGAGAAGCUGGGCAUCCUCAUCAAAGCACGCAAUUUCCUGGUGUUCCAGGGUGCCGUGGAGUCGAUCGCCAUGAAGAACCCCAAGGAGCGGACAGCCCUUUUCGAGGAGAUCAGCCGCUCAGGGGAGCUGGCCCAGGAGUACGACAAGCGGAAGAAGGAGAUGGUGAAGGCUGAGGAGGACACGCAGUUUAAUUACCAUCGUAAGAAGAAUAUUGCCGCGGAGCGCAAAGAGGCCAAGCAGGAGAAGGAGGAGGCGGACCGAUACCAGCGGCUGAAGGACGAGGUGGUGCGGGCCCAGGUGCAGCUGCAGCUCUUCAAGCUGUACCACAACGAGACGGAGAUCGAGAAGCUCAACAAGGAACUGGGCUCCAAGAACAAGGAGAUCGACAAGGAUAAGAAGCGCAUGGACAGGGUGGAGGACGAGCUGAAGGACAAGAAGAAGGAACUGGGCAAGAUGAUGCGGGAGCAACAGCAGAUCGAGAAGGAGAUCAAGGAGAAAGACUCCGAGCUGAACCAGAAGCGACCGCAAUACAUCAAGGCGAAGGAGAACACCUCGCACAAAAUCAAGAAGCUGGAGGCAGCCAAGAAGUCGCUGCAGAACGCCCAAAAGCAGUACAAAAAGCGCAAGGGAGACAUGGACGAGCUAGAAAAGGAAAUGCUGUCAGUAGAGAAGGCCCGCCAAGAGUUUGAAGAGCGGAUGGAAGAGGAGAGCCAGAGUCAGGGGCGGGACCUGACGCUAGAAGAAAAUCAGGUGAAGAAAUACCACCGACUGAAAGAAGAGGCCAGCAAGAGGGCAGCCACUCUUGCCCAGGAACUGGAGAAGUUCAACCGGGAUCAAAAGGCUGACCAAGACCGCUUAGAUCUGGAAGAGAGGAAGAAAGUGGAGACGGAGGCCAAGAUCAAACAGAAACUGCGGGAGAUCGAGGAGAACCAGAAGAGAAUUGAGAAGUUGGAGGAAUACAUCGCUACCAGCAAGCAGUCCCUGGAGGAACAGAAGAAGCUGGAGGGGGAACUGACCGAAGAGGUGGAGCUGGCCAAGCGGCGCAUCGAUGAGAUCAACAAGGAGCUGAACCAGGUGAUGGAGCAGCUGGGGGAUGCCCGCAUCGACCGGCAGGAAAGCAGCCGGCAGCAGCGCAAAGCCGAGAUCAUGGAGAGCAUCAAGCGCCUCUACCCUGGCUCCGUGUACGGGCGCCUCAUCGAUCUGUGCCAGCCUACCCAGAAGAAGUACCAGAUUGCCGUGACCAAAGUGCUGGGCAAGAACAUGGAUGCCAUCAUUGUGGACUCGGAGAAGACAGGCCGGGACUGCAUUCAGUAUAUCAAGGAACAGCGCGGGGAGCCCGAAACCUUCCUGCCCCUCGACUACCUGGAGGUGAAGCCCACCGAUGAAAAGCUACGGGAGCUGAAGGGUGCCAAGCUGGUGAUCGAUGUGAUUCGUUACGAGCCGCCCCACAUCAAGAAGGCCCUGCAGUAUGCCUGUGGCAACGCCUUGGUCUGCGACAACGUGGAGGAUGCCCGCCGCAUCGCCUUUGGGGGCCAUCAGCGACACAAGACAGUGGCCCUAGAUGGGACCCUGUUCCAGAAGUCAGGGGUGAUCUCAGGCGGGGCCAGUGACCUGAAAGCCAAGGCACGGCGGUGGGAUGAGAAGGCGGUGGACAAGCUGAAGGAGAAGAAGGAGCGGCUGACAGAGGAGCUGAAGGAGCAAAUGAAGGCGAAGCGGAAGGAAGCCGAGCUGCGGCAAGUCCAGUCCCAAGCCCACGGGCUGCAGAUGCGACUCAAGUACUCACAGAGCGACCUGGAGCAGACCAAGACUCGGCACCUUGCUCUCAACCUUCAGGAGAAGUCCAAGUUGGAAAGCGAGCUCGCCAACUUCGGGCCCCGCAUCAAUGACAUCAAGAGGAUCAUUCAGAGCCGGGAGCGGGAGAUGAAGGACCUGAAAGAGAAGAUGAACCAGGUGGAGGAUGAAGUGUUCGAAGAGUUCUGCCGGGAGAUCGGUGUCCGCAACAUCCGGGAAUUCGAAGAGGAGAAGGUGAAGCGGCAGAAUGAGAUCGCCAAGAAGCGCUUGGAAUUUGAGAACCAGAAGACCCGACUAGGGAUCCAGCUAGACUUUGAGAAGAACCAGCUGAAGGAGGAUCAGGAGAAGGUUCACAUGUGGGAACAGACAGUGAAGAAGGAUGAAAAUGAAAUUGAGAAGCUCAAGAAGGAGGAGCAGCGACACAUGAAGAUCAUCGACGAGACGAUGGCGCAGCUUCAGGAUCUCAAGAACCAGCACCUGGCCAAGAAGUCCGAGGUGAACGACAAGAACCAUGAGAUGGAAGAGAUCCGUAAGAAGCUGGGAGGGGCCAACAAGGAAAUGACCCACCUGCAGAAGGAGGUGACGGCCAUCGAGACGAAGCUGGAGCAGAAGCGCAGUGACCGGCACAACCUCCUGCAGGCCUGCAAGAUGCAGGACAUCAAACUGCCCUUGUCCAAGGGCACCAUGGAUGACAUUAGCCAGGAAGAGGGCGGUUCCCAGGGGGAUGAGUCUGUGAGCGGCUCCCAGAGAACUUCUAACAUCUAUGCCCGCGAGGCGCUCAUAGAGAUCGAUUACAGUGACUUGUGCGAGGACCUGAAGGAUGCCCAGGCGGAGGACGAGAUCAAGCAGGAGAUGAACACGCUGCAGCAGAAGCUGAAUGAGCAGCAGAGCGUGCUGCAGCGCAUCGCUGCCCCCAACAUGAAGGCCAUGGAGAAGCUGGAGAGCGUCCGGGACAAGUUUCAGGAGACUUCAGAUGAAUUUGAGGCUGCCCGGAAACGGGCCAAGAAGGCCAAACAGGCAUUUGAGCAGAUCAAAAAGGAACGCUUCGAUCGCUUCAACGCCUGCUUCGAGUCCGUGGCUACCAACAUUGACGAGAUCUACAAGGCCCUGUCACGCAACAGCAGUGCCCAGGCAUUCCUUGGCCCUGAGAAUCCAGAGGAGCCCUACCUGGAUGGCAUCAACUAUAACUGCGUCGCCCCUGGCAAGCGUUUCCGGCCCAUGGACAAUCUGUCCGGAGGAGAGAAGACAGUGGCUGCCCUGGCCCUGCUCUUUGCCAUCCACAGCUACAAACCGGCCCCCUUCUUUGUCCUGGAUGAGAUUGACGCAGCCCUGGACAACACCAACAUUGGGAAGGUCGCCAAUUAUAUCAAAGAGCAGUCGACCUGUAACUUCCAGGCCAUCGUCAUCUCGCUCAAGGAGGAGUUCUACACCAAGGCAGAGAGCCUCAUCGGGGUUUACCCAGAGCAAGGGGACUGCGUCAUCAGCAAGGUCCUGACCUUUGACCUCACUAAGUACCCAGAUGCCAACCCCAACCCCAAUGAGCAAUAGCCUGGCUACCGCCCUCUUCCCCGAUCGUCUCCUUCUGGGAUUUGUCCGUACCCUCCCCGUCUGCAUUCCCAAAGCUGCACCUCCGAAUCGCGGGGACCCUGCUCCGAAGCCAAUAAGAGAUGGGGGUCCUAGAGAGAAAGUGAGCAGUCCGCGGAUCCCGCCUCAGUUCCGAGAUGGACGGCUGACAUCCCUGCCUGUAGAUUCCGUUGGAAAACAGUCCCCUUCUCUUGCCACUCUGGCCUGCGGCUUCCACAAGCAAUCACGGUAAAGAGAAGGUGCAGCGGGGAGCGGAAACAAGCUCCCUGGAGCCACCCCAACUCCCCAUUCCUUCCAACCUUAGACUGCUUGAUUGGACUUCCAAGGCCCCAUCCCCCUCUCUCCCCCCCAAACCCCCAUUUUGUAGAGAAUCAUGGUAUUUAUACCCAACUACCAAAAUAUGAAGAUAAAAACUUACCUUUGACUCAAACAAA